CACUGUGCGGCGCCUCCCCCUUCCUCGCUCCGCUUUCUGCUCUGUUCGUGUGUGAGUCGUUGACGAAACCCCAAGUCCAUGUGGGAGGUUUUGACUUGAUCCAACCAAGAACGCGCAUUUCAGCCGUAAAAUACUCGUACCGGUUUCCAGGUCCGGUCGCGUCUUGCUCUCUUCCGUCCCUCAUUUGCCUUCCCGUCCCUGCUAUUCGCGUGUGGGCCUUUGCUUACCCAUUCUUGCUUCCGCUGUCUUUGCUGCGUGUAAAUCUGAUCCAGUACUUGUGUGUCCGCGUCACUGGGGAUUCUUUACUUUAAGUUGGAUUUGGCAAUGUCAAUGGAAGGAGCGAUAUCUGAUCUGAAUUGGUGACAUUUCUUGCUGCUGCUUUGGUCCUGGGGUGGGCGGAUUGGAGAGCGACCACUGUCUUGCCGGUUGCUUUUGGGGUAGCUACUGUUCUUGUGAAUUUCUGAUGCGGAGUUUCGCUCAGGAUAGGGAAAGGAGUGAUCUAUAGAUUUCUAGGCUUCUGUAGGGAAAGAAGUGAUCUUUGAUAGAUUUCUACGCUUCUGUUGGCGAUUCCUCUUCAUCUCAACUUGGGGAUUUCUGCCGAGGAGACUUUCCUGACUGGUUUGGGUUCAGCUGAGGAGCAGAGAUGAGGUUGUCUGUUCGUGUGAUCGAGGCCCGCAACCUGCGGGCCAUGGACUCCAACGGCUUCAGCGACCCGUACGUGAAGCUGCAGCUCGGGAAGCAGCGAUUCAAGACCAAGGUGAUCAAGAUGAACCUCAACCCGACUUGGGAUCAGGAGUUCAGCUUCCUUGUCGGUGAUAUCAAAGAUGUGCUCAAGCUUGAUGUCUAUGACGAGGACAUCCUCCAGAUGGAUGACUUCCUGGGCCAUUUGAGGGUGCCAUUAGAGGAUGUGCUGUCUGCCGAUGACUUGUCGCUUGGUACCCGGUGGUACCAGCUUCUUCCCAAAGGCAAAACCAACAAGACCGUCGACUGUGGGGAGAUUUGUGUCUCAAUAUCGUUAGAAUCAUCUGGAGCAUCACGAUCAUGGUCUGAGGACCUUGGAGAUGAAAUUACUGAUAUACAGAGAGACUAUUCACUGUCAAGCCAAAACACGGCUCCAUCUAUUUCAUUUGCUUAUCGAGAAACUGAAAUUUGUGAAGAAGACGAUGAGUAUUCUGUUACAUCUGAAAUUCAUGCAGAGGAUAGAAGUAGUGAAGUUACUGAUAGAAAUCAAGCUGCUGCAGAGGACAAGCCAAAUGGGAAUUCUAGUGCAGAUUUGAAUGGAACUGAAACUUCUAGUGGUGAAACAGAUAAGUCUGAUAAGCUAUCAUUUGUUGAUCGUGUCUACCAAAUAUUUGCUAAGAAAAAUGGCGAUACAAUGCCAACCUCCUCUGGAAGCUCUGAGGCUUUAGAAGAAGUUCAAGAGGAAGCAAGUGGAUGUGAGCUUCUGGUCAGUCAAAUUGAUAAUGUGUGCCCAGAGACUCCAUUCAGUGAACUACUGAGAUCUCUUGAAUUGCGACAUGAAGGAGUCGAUAUGCCUGUAAAUCUACAAGGAAUUCUUGUUAAUCAGUCGUAUCUUGCCUCACCUAGUGAUCUGAAUAACCUUCUCUUCUCACCAGAUUCAGAUUUUAAACAAACAAUGGUUGAGCUUCAAGGCUGUACUGAUUUCAAAACUGAACCCUGGAGGCUUGAUAAUGGUGGGGAGUCCUUAAAGAGAGUUGUAACAUACACAACCGCACCAUCAAAAUUGGUUAAAGCUGUUCACGCAACAGAGGAGCAGUCUUAUUUGAAGGCUGAUGGAAAAGAGUAUGCAGUUUUACUGAGUGUGAGCACUCCUGAUGUUCCAUGUGGUACUUAUUUUCGGACAGAAAUUCUUUUCCGUAUCAUGCCAGGUCCUGAACUUGAUUCACAGCAACAGACAUCACAUCUGGUAAUAUCUUGGCGCAUGAAUUUUCUUCAGAGUACUAUGAUAAAAAGUAUGAUAGAAAAUGGAGCAAGGCAGGGCUUGGAGCAAAACUAUGCACAGUUUUCGGAUUUACUAUCACAAAAGAUCAAGCCUAUUGAUGUAGAAGGUUCUGGGUCUGACAAGGAACAGGUCUUGGCCUCUUUGCAAGGAGGCGAGGAAUCUGAUUGGAAGAUAGCAUUUCUGUACUUCUGCAACUUUGGAGUCUUAUCCUCCUUUUUUGUGUCUCUUUACAUUAUUCUGCAUGUUCUACGAGUGAAUCCAAGUGCUGUUCAAGGCCUUGAGUUUCCAGGAUUAGAUCUGCCAGAUUCGCUCAGUGAAAUUAUCAUGGGUGGGCUGUUGUUUCUUCAAGUACAGCGCAUACUUAAGAAUAUUACAUGUUUUCUUCAAGCAAGAGAACAAAAAGGGGGUGAUCAUGGCAUGAAAGCAAAAGGUGAUGGAUGGUUGUUAACAGUUGCUUUAAUCGACGGAAUCAAAUUGGCUCCAGUCGAUGCUACUGGUUUAUCUGAUCCUUAUGUGGUAUUUACUUGCAAUGGCAAAACAAGAACAAGUUCAAUUAAGUUCCAAACACUAGAGCCUCAGUGGAACGAAAUCUUUGAAUUUGACGCAAUGGAUGAUCCACCGUCGGUGAUGAGUGUACAUGUAUAUGAUUUUGAUGGACCAUUCGAUGAAGUUACAUCCCUUGGACAUGCGGAAAUUAACUUUGUAAAAUCAAACUUGUCAGAGUUAGCUGAUGUAUGGAUUCCUCUUAAAGGUAACCUCGCUCAGUCUUGGCAGUCCAAGUUGCAUCUGAGGAUUUUCUUGAACAACUCAAAAGGGACCGGCAUGGUCACUGAGUAUCUGAGCAAAAUGGAGAAAGAGGUUGGUAAGAAGAUGACACUGAGGUCUCCUCGGACCAAUACUGCAUUCCAGGAACUCUUCUCUUUGCCAGCAGAAGAAUUUCUCAUCAGCAGUUUUACCUGCUACUUGAAGAGGAAAUUGCCUACACAGGGUCAAGUUUUCUUAUCUCCAAGAACAAUUGGGUUUUAUUCAAGCAUGUUUGGGAGGAAAACAAAAUUUUACUUUCUAUGGGAGGAUAUUGAAGACAUACAGGGAAUACCUCAAUCAAUAUCAUCAUGGAGUCCAUCCAUUAUAAUAACUCUUCACAAAGGUAGAGGCAUGGAUACAAAGCAUGGUGCAAAGAGCAUGGACAAUGGAAAGCUUAAGUUCUGCUUGCAGUCUUUUGCAUCAUUUAGUGUGGCCAAUAGGACAAUAAUGGCAUUAUGGAAGGCAAGAUCUCUGAGCACAGAGCUUAAAGUACAGCUUGCUGAAGAACAAUCCCAAAUUAACACCCUUCAGAGUGAGGACAGUGGGGUCUUUGUUGGUAUUGAGGAUGCCAAGAGCCUUCAGAUGACUGAAGUUUUCUCCUCGACCAUUUCGACCAAUAUGGCCUCGCUUAUGGAGGUGUUUGCAGGAGGAUCCUUGGAAAUGAAGGUAAUGGAUAAAGUUGGAUGCCAGAAGUACUCGGCUACACAGUGGGAAUCAGAUAAACCCAAUGAGUAUCAACGACAAAUCCAUUACAAGUUCAGCAAGAAGCUGUCUCCCGUUGGCGGAGAAGUGACAGGAACCCAGCAGAAAUCUCUUAUGCCUAAUAAGAAAGGAUGGGUUAUCGAAGAGGUGAUGGAGCUCCAAGGAGUCCUUCUUGGCGACUUCUUUACGCUCCACAUCAAGUACCAGGUCGAGGACCUCGCUCCCAAGCAAAGAGCAAGCAAUGUGCAGGUCUCCCUGGGAAUCGAGUGGUCGAAGAGUACCAGGCACCAGAAGCGGAUCGAGAAGAACGUCCUUUCCAGUUCGUCCGCCCGCCUAAAGGAGAUGUUCAACCUUGCGUCGAGGGAGCUCUCGCACGCCAGAUAGGCGGCGGAGCGUAAUGGCCUUUCGACGUCUCACCCACCGUCCCUGUGCAUAACAACAACAGGACCGAUCAUUGAGUGAACAUUUAACACCCACUAACUGUAUAUGGAAAGCUUGGCUGAAGACUGACAGACAGCAACGCCAAGAAGAAGAGGAGGAGGUACUGUAGGAUAGCUCGAUAGACAACGAUAUAGCUGUAUGUUCUGCUUGCAAGUUGUUCUCUCUGCUUGUAGCAGUAUGGGUUGCCCUCAGGUAGGCUCUGAAUGAUUCUUUGGUCACAACACACAACACAUGUUGGAAUUAUACACAGUACACGUCCGAGGCUCAAGAGAUGGAACAAAGCUAUGAAGUUUAC